UGUGUGUGUGUGAGUGUGUGUAUGUGUGAGAAAGGCACAGACAGGGGAUUCUCUAUAAGGCACACGAAACCCUUUCCUACUGCUCUGCAGCUUCUACUCAGAACAGAAGUCUCUGAAAGCAGAAUGUUAAUGCUGGACGGGAUGCCGGCAGCCAGAGUCAAGACAGAGUUACUGGAAUCUGAGCAAGUGUCUCCAAAAGUCCAGCGCUACCCAGAUAUGGAAGCUGUACCCCUGCUUCUCAACAAUGUGAAGGCUGAGCCCCCAGAGGACUUGUUAGCCACAGACCAUUUCCAAACACAGACGGAGCCAGUGGACUUGUCAAUAAACAAGGCUAGGUCCUCACCUAGAGGUGUAUCUUCUUCUCCACUCUCCAUUGCAACUUCUGCAGCUUCACCUUCAAAUUCUUCAUCUUCCUCCAGCUGUCCUGUUUCAUCUCCAUCUGUGAUAACUUCGGUACCAUCAACAGCAUCAGUGCCAACAGUAUUAACUCCAGGGCCGCUUGUGGCAUCAGCAUCUGGAGUCGGUGGGCAGCAGUUUUUGCACAUUAUUCACCCCGUCCCACCUUCAAGUCCUUUGAAUCUUCAAUCUAGUAAACUGAGUCAUGUUCACCGUAUACCAGUUGUUGUGCAGUCAGUUCCUGUUGUUUACACUGCUGUGAGAUCACCAGGGAGUAUGAAUUCUACUAUAGUAGUACCUCUGUUAGAAGAUGGUAGAAGUCAUCUUAAAGCACAUAUGGAUCCCCGGGGAUUGUCUCCUAGACAGAUAAAAAGUGAUAGUGAUGAUGACGACCUGCCAAAUGUGACUUUAGAUAGUGUCAAUGAAACUGGGUCUACCGCUCUUUCCAUAGCACGGGCAGUACAAGACUCAGUUUCACCAUUCAGCAUUGAAAGCACAAGACGCCAACGCAGGUCAGAAUCUCCAGACUCCAGAAGAAGACGGAUACACCGGUGUGAUUUUGAAGGUUGUAACAAAGUCUACACAAAGAGUUCCCACCUGAAAGCACAUAGAAGAACUCAUACAGGAGAAAAACCGUACAUGUGUACUUGGGAAGGGUGCACCUGGAAGUUUGCACGCUCUGAUGAACUAACACGGCAUUACCGCAAACAUACAGGAGUGAAGCCAUUUAAAUGUGCAGACUGUGACCGCAGCUUUUCCCGCUCAGAUCACUUAGCGUUACACCGUCGGAGGCACAUGCUGGUCUGAGUUGACCAACCAUCCAGGCAGUUAGAAAAGCUGGCUCUUUUUUUGCUAUAUGUGUUCAGCGGGUCUGAACUCCACCCACAGUGUUAGAUAAGCAAGAAAAUUACAUGAGAUCCAAAGUGAAGGAAUUUAACAAGAAGCUUCUUGAGUUGCUGAAGAGUCCAUUUAAAACUUGGGUUAUCCAGUCCAUGUCCAUACCUCGGAUCUGAAGACUUUCACAUGGAGGAUGAAGGCACUUUUUAUUGGCCUCAACCAGAAUCAUUUUAAAUAGGUCCUAUUGUAUA